AUGGCAACGGUGGAAUGGGUGGAGCUGUACGAGGAGACGGUAGUACGGAAGGUAAACACGCGACAAUCUGAUCACAGUGCUAUUUAUGUCGACAAUGAGCUAAGUCCUAUAAGGGCGGCCAAGCGGUCUUUUAAGUUCGAAUCUGCAUGGCUCCUUGAGGAGGGUUGCUCGAAGUUAGUAGACGAUGCAUGGCGCCAAUCGGCAGGUUUGGCGUUCCAGGACCGUAUAGCUCUGUGUGGGAAGCGGCUAUCCAGGUGGGGUGGUGAACACUUCAGACACUUUGGGAAUCGAAUCAGCGAGUUGCGCCACCGGUUAGACAAGUUACAGGAGGAUCGUGCACCCCAAGCAAUUGAGGAAUUUCUGGCUGUCGAGGGGGAGCUAGAAGUUCUGACACAUCAGGAAGAGAUUUUCUGGAAGCAACGCUCUAAGCAGCUUUGGCUCCAAUGGUGA